GCGAACGUUUGCUUGACUCUCCAGUUUUGUAGCGACCGCGAUUUCGUGCAGCAACGUUGCGCGGACAUUUCGAAUUUUCGGAUUGUGAAAUUUUGUGUGAUCUGAGACGCGUUCGUGGAUUUUCUUAGUGUAUAGCAGAGUAGUAGAAGAAUUAAGUAAGGAAUAAAUAUUUUUGUGAUGUUCUAAAGUGAAUCAAAGGAAUUUGAAGAAGAAAAAGAAAAAAAAAACAAAACAAAAGUUUUCCAGUUGUAUGAAUUCACAAAAAGCGUAGUACGGAUGCAUGUUUUUGAUUUCGAAAAGCAAUUAAAAUAUUUGCAAUUAUAGUUUGUGCGCGCGUUAUUACUUAGUAUUUGCAAGCGACUUGUGAUUGGCGUCGUCGUGCCACAAAAAAGGUGUUCAAACGCGUAGCUAAACAAAAUUUGUAAAUUCUACUUUCAAGUGCGUUAGUGUGUACAAAAACCAAGAAUGUGUGAACGUCAUUCGAAUGUUGCAUGUUGCUAUGACCCCUACAGCGGCGGUAUAUUGUAGGCGCAGUUGCAUAUAGAAAUUUAAAUAUAUACAAAAGCACAAACAUACAAAUCUAACAGCAAUCGAAAAAGCAGAAAUUCUUUGAAUCUUGCAAAUUUGUGGAAUUGUGUUUGCCUGAAAGCAAAUGGCAGUGAACCUGUGGUGUUGAAAGAAAGCGAAUUGUUGCACUUAUGUAUGUAUAAUACAUACUUGCAUAUAUACAAAUGCAAAUAGUGAUUGAAAAAAUAAAUAAAGAAAGUAAAAAAAUUAACUCCUUAACUCCCAACCUCAACUAAAAGGGACGCAGUCUGCAUGCAUUUCGAGGAUUAUGCGCCGCUGCAACACACAAAAACAAAAUAAAUGAUUUUCAAACUGCUCGACCGGUGUGAUUUCCGUCGAUUUGAUUGGCUUCCUGUCACCGCCAUUAAUGCGCUGCUGACGCGAGUGUUAAGUGGAAAAAAGUGUUAAUUUCAGCCACAAAGCAAGCAAAAAUUAGCAGCAACAAAUACAAAAGAAAGAGAAAAAGCAAAUUUUUCCCUUCACCCUAGAAAAGUGAAAAUCAAAUACUAGUUGGGCUGACGGACGACGCCGUACCCUCAUCAUCAUAAAUUACUCAAAGUAUAUAAGUGCAAAAUAGUUGAAUAUAUUCGUGUGUAAGUGUUUGUGAAUAUUUGUAUGUAUGUGUUGUUUUGAGGCCAUAUCAUGGCAACAGUGAAAAUGUCUGAGCUACGGACAGGAAUAAAAUGAAACCAAUUGCCAGAACUUAUCGCGUUCGGUACACUAAUGGCUGCAAGUUUGCGAAUUCCACAACGCAUAGAAACAGAACAGCAACAGCAACAGCAACAGCAACAAAUCCAAAAACAACAAAGAAACAAACUAAAAGCGCGACUAAGUGCUUGCAGCAAGAACAAAAACGAAUUCCAGAAGGUCCGAGCAACAGUCAAAAGCGAGCAACCAAGAGCCCAGCGACAUUCAGGCGAAGCGCAGCCAGCAGGCAGGCAGACAGACAACCAACAGCAAAAGCAACAACAACGACAGCAGCAGUUAGAGAAACAUCAGCGGAGUAGUGUAAAGUACUGCCGCUUGGUAGUCUUCUUCCGCGCAGCCACAUUAUGACGCGCUGCAGGAACGCGAAAUAUUUGCCUGCAGACGUUGAGAACGACGACGUUCGACGACAAGCCGUCGAACUGGUCACGGCCACAGACGUGAAUUUGAGCGCAUACGCGCGCACUUACAGCAUGACAAAUCAGCCAAAUUGUAACGAUAUCUUCAUUUCUGCGACUGCCACAAAUGCUGGCACCAAAAUAAAAUACAACAAAAAUGACCAAGGUAACAUUCAUUUGGUCACAAGAGCAGUGCAAGCAGUUUCAAAGUGCGCCGCAAAAGUGAGCGCAUUAACACCAGCUUCUUUCCCCAGUGAUGCUGUACCCGCCGCCGCCGCUGCCACAAAAGUUAUUGCAGCAAAGGGAGCUGCGGCAACACUAGAAGACUGCAUCAUAACGCCACAAAAGCACACAAACGCAAUUGCUGACGCGCGGCUGCCUGCUUACGCAGCAACAUUACAUUAUCGUCAGCAUAAUUUAGUCUUAAGCAGAGCUUUGCCAUUCAUUUGCUUGGCAUUUGCGCUGUUCGCAUUGCCAUCGCCAUGUCACAGCCAGCAUCAGUCAUUGAGCGCAUAUAGCACGCCAACGUUCGGUCCCAGUGCGGCUGGAUCCAUUGGCCAUUACAGUGUGUUGGCCUUUCCACGUCGACGUUCGUCUGCGGGCGCCGAUGGCGUUAGUGGUUUGAUGCAGUCGCGCGCUGUCGAUACGAGCGCACAAUUUGAGGUAUUGGAAGGACAACCGCGUGGCACGGUCGUUGGUUUUAUACCGACCAAGCCCGAUUUCACAUACCGGUUUAAUGAACCGCCGCGCGAAUUUACGCUCGAUCAAGUCACGGGCGAAAUCAAAACGAAUGUAGUGCUGGAUCGUGAAGGUAUGCGCGAUCGUUACGAUUUGGUUGUGCUUUCUUCCCAGCCCACCUAUCCCAUUGAGGUGCGCAUCAUUGUACUCGAUGUGAACGAUAAUGCGCCAGAGUUUCCCGAGCCGAGUAUAGCGGUGUCGUUUUCUGAGAGUGCGGCCACUGGCACACGGCUAUUGCUGGACGCGGCGACUGAUCGCGAUAUUGGCGAGAAUAGCGUGACGGACGACUAUCGCAUAGUGGAUGGAAAUGUGGAGGACAAGUUUCGCUUGGCCGUAACGACGAACCCAAGCGGUGAUGUGUCUUAUCUACAUUUGGAGACAACGGGGAAUUUGGAUCGCGAAACGUGCGGUUUCUAUCAGCUGAAUAUAUCAGCGCGCGAUGGCGGUGAUCCCGCGAAAUAUGGUUACUUGUUGGUUAAUGUUACGAUCGUCGAUGUAAAUGAUAACCCACCGAUAUUCGACCACAGCGACUACAUCGUUUCCCUGAAUGAGUCAGUGCCACCUGGCACGCCUGUGCUGCAGGUGAUGGCUUCGGACAAUGAUCUGGGUGAUAACGCCAAAAUCACCUAUUACCUGGCUGAUACGGAGCAACAGUUUACAGUCGAUCCGGAGACGGGUGUCAUAUCCACCACCGAACUGCUAAGUUGCCCGCAACAAAACUGUCAAACAUAUGCGCGCCCCGGUGCCAGUUGUCCCAAGAGCUGUGUCUUUACGGUAUUCGCACGCGAUCACGGCUCGCCUCGCCAAGAUGGACGCACCUAUGUGACUGUCAACCUCGUUGACACGAACGAUCACGAUCCGGUUAUACGCUUCCAAUACUUUCCGCCCACCGGCACGUUUGCAACUGUAGAUGAGAAUGCGGCGAACGGUAGCGUGGUUGCUGCCGUUUCCGUGGUGGAUAUGGACGAGGGAUUGAAUGGCGAGACGAGUUUACGCAUCAUAUCAGGCAAUGAGUUGAGCCAUUUUCGUUUGGAGAAGACACCGUCAUUUGAUAUUGUGCGCGUUAAUGGCGUGUUGGAUCGCGAGGAAAUUGGCAAGUAUAAUUUGACAGUUGUUGCCAUCGAUAAAGGCUCACCGCCACGUACGGCGACCGCACACCUAAUUAUCCAUGUUAACGAUGUCAAUGAUCAUGAGCCGGUAUUUGAGAAGUCCGAGUAUUCGGCUGUGUUGAGUGAAUUGGCACCACCAGGGACGUACGUGGCUUCUAUUACCGCCACUGACGAGGACACUGGCGUAAAUGCAUUGAUUUUUUACGAUUUCGUUUCGGGUAAUAAUAAACAAUGGUUUGCCAUUGAUACAGCGUCCGGUUUGAUAACAACGCAGGCAGCAUUGGAUCGCGAGGUGCAGGACAGCGUAGAGUUGAGCAUCUCUGCACGUGAUGGCGGCCCAAAUCCGAAGUGGGCGUACACACAACUCAAGGUGACCAUACUGGAUGAAAACGAUGAGGCACCACAAUUCAGGCAACAAAAUAUCAACGUCACACUCAGCGAGAAUACACCACCACAGACACUGGUCGCCAUGCUAACGGCCGCCGAUCACGAUCAAGGCACUAACGGCUCGGUGACAUACACACUGGCUGGCAGUGUGGAGCGCAAAUAUCCACAACAAUUUGGCCUCGACUCGCUCACUGGCCAAUUAACGACGCGCAGUGCACUUGAUCGUGAGACAAUUGCGCAUUAUGAGAUUUUUGUGAUCGCACGCGAUCAGGGCGCACCACCACAAUCAGCCACCGCUACUGUUUAUCUAAACGUUGAGGAUGUCAACGACAACAGCCCAACGUUCUACCCCAGUCAUUAUUUUUAUGCGUUACCUGACGAUGCGGGCGACAAUAACCAGCCACUGUUGAAAGUCACUGCCAGCGAUCGUGAUGCGGGCGAUAAUGCCUUAAUUACCUACCAACUGGAGUCAGGUGGCGAUGGACAUUUCGUCGUCGAUACAUGGAGUGGCGCGAUAACGUUGCGCGCUGGCAGCGGAGAUAUACGCCAGUCACCAAAGGCACUCUACAAGUUGAAGAUUUCGGCAAAGGAUCGCGGCGAACGACGUAGCGAACAAGAUGCACUGGUUGAGAUUGUAUUGCAAUCCAAAAUGGAGUUGCUCGAGUUCGAUUCAUACGGCAGUUAUGAGUUUCAAAUUGUGGAAGAUCAUGAACAGCAGCAGCCCGUGGUGGGCCGCGAGGUGGGUCGGGUGCAGGUAAAGCUACAUGCCGGCAAAUCGACACUGCCACCCAACAUUGAGUACGCGAUUGUGUAUGGUGAUGCAGAUGAGAACUUUGCGGUGGAUCGUCGUACUGGUCGCAUUCGCACGGCGCGCCGUAUUGAUCGUGAAGCGCUGGCGCAAUACCAGCUAACUGUGAUGGCGCGCACUGGCCUAGCUUAUGGCAAAUGCAUUGUGAACAUUGCGAUCGCUGAUUUAAACGAUAAUGCGCCGAUCUUUGCACAAGAUCGUGACGGUGAGAUACAGUUGGCGGAGAAUGCGGCUGUCGGUCAAGAGGUUUACUUGUCACGCGCACGUGAUCGCGAUUCAGGUAUGAAUAGCCGUGUCACCUACACGCUCACCUACAAUCCCGAAGAGCAAUUUCGCGUUAGCGAAGCAACGGGCGUACUCCAACUGCAGCGUCCGGUGCGCGCAGCACCCGGCACAUUGUUGCAUGUGGAGCUGAUGGCCACAGAUGGCGGCACGCCGCCUCUAUCAACGCGACACACCAUCGACGUGCUCAUAGCCGAUGCCAACGAUCAUACACCUGUGUUCGAUCACACAUCGUACGAGACAUCAUUGCGCGAGUCAACCAAGGUGAAUGCGCGCUUCUUUGCGCUAGCCGCCAGCGAUGCGGAUCUUGGCGCAAAUGGGCGCAUAUCAUACGACAUAAUCGAGGGCAAUGCAGAGCGGAAGUUUGGCGUCUUUCCCGACGGUUAUUUGUUUGUGCGCGCGCAGUUGGAUCGCGAGGAGCGGGACUAUUACGCGCUGACAGUAGCAUGCCGCGACAGCGGUGUGCCGGCGCGUUCAUCUGUGGUGCCAGUGAUCAUACAUGUCAUCGACGAGAACGACAAUGCGCCGCAGUUCACAAAUAGUACCUUCACCUUUAGCAUCGCGGAAAAUGAGCCAGCCGAUUCGUUUGUCGGCAAGUUGACGGCAACAGAUCGUGACAUUGGACGCAAUGCGGAGUUGAUUUAUACGCUGGCGACGCAGGAGCAGGACUUUACCAUUGACAUGCGUAAUGGUUUCAUUAAAACGCUGCAUCCAUUCGAUCGCGAAGAGCUGGUACAGCGACGUAGCAGCGUGGGUGUGGGUGGACAAACGAACGGGCAGAUAAAUGGCGGCUUAGUAGGUGUAGGCGACGGCAUAAACAAUGGCAAUAACUACAUACUACUGGAGGCCAUCGUCUCGGAUAAUGGAGUGCAGCGCUUGCACGACAAGGUCAAGGUGAAGAUAAUCAUUACAGAUGUCAAUGACAAUGCGCCACAGUUUGUGCGCGCUCCCUACCGUGUGCAGAUUUCUGAGGGCUCUGCCGUGGCUACGCAAGUCAUGCGUGUUUACUCGGUUGAUGCGGAUGAGGGCCUCAAUGGUGAUGUUUACUACUCACUUGUUAAUGGCAACGAAGACGAACGCUUUGCCAUGGACGAUGCAACAGGACAAUUGUCAUUAGCGCGUUUGCUUGAUCGCGAGCAGCAAUCUUCGUAUAAGCUCACGGUUGUGGCACGUGAUGCAGCAUUGAAGGGACAGCUGAGCGCCAGCACCACAAUCACUGUGGAGGUGUUGGACGAGAACGACGUGGCACCGGAAUUCGCACAGACAGCAAGUGAAGCGUCAGUGUUGGAGACGAGCAGCAUCGGUACGGAGCUGAUGCGCUUUCGAGCAACAGAUUCGGACCUGGGCGUUAAUAGUCAAGUAACCUUCAGUAUUACGGCGGGAAAUCGUAAAGACACUUUCCACAUCGAUGCUAUAUCGGGCAGUUUAUAUUUGCACAAACCUCUGGACUAUGAGGAGACCACCGUUUACCAUCUGAAUGUAACGGCCGCUGAUGGCGGCACACCACGCCUCUCGAACACCAUUGUCUUCAACGUCAACGUGGUGGAUGAGAAUGAUAAUCCACCCAGUUUUCCCAAUACGGCCAUAGUGCGCCAAAUCAAGGAGGGCAUUGCCGUUAAAACUCCCAUCGUUACCAUAACCGCAGAAGAUCCGGAUUCUGGUCUGAAUGGCAAAGUUACCUACUCUAUAGUAAAGCAAGAUCCUGAGCUGUCGGGUGGUCGCCACUUUGGCAUCAACACUAUGACCGGUGUCAUACACACGCUGCGUGAAAUCGAUCGCGAAACCAUCGACACCUUCCGACUCACUGUCGUCGCCACCGAUCAGGCAGAAAAGCCCGAGCCACAACUGUCCGCUGAGAAACUAGUGACCGUCAUCGUUGAAGACAUUAACGAUAAUGCACCCACUUUUGUGUCCAUGAAUGCGGCCAUCUUACCAAUGCAGACAGCGGGCGCACAAAGUCAUCACUACCGUGACGGUUUGCCAGUGAUGCAUGUGCAUGCACGCGAUGCUGACUCUUCCAGCAACGGUCUGGUCACCUACGAAAUGGUGAACGGCAAUACGGAACUCUUCAAAUUGCAUCGCAAUACGGGUGCGAUAACUUUACGCAAAGUGAUCGAUCAGCCGGAGGUGCGUUAUCAGUUGGCCUUGAAGGCGACCGAUGAAGCGGUGCAAAGCGAACGUAAAAGCACCGAUGCGUAUAUAACGAUUAUAACGACGGGCACGGCCGCAGGUCCCGUAUUCGAUCAGCGCGAACAAAGCGGCUCAGUGUAUGAGAACGAGCCGACCGGUACGAGUAUUUUGACUGUGAGCGCACGCUUGAAUGGUGCCGAAAUCGAGUACUACGUGACGAAUGUUACGGCGAUCGGUGCGUAUACGAGUGCGAGUGCGGGUGCGGUACAACAAGUCGAUCGUUUGUUUGACAUUGAUACAAAACUUGGCAUAUUGUCGACGGCAAAGGAGUUGGAUCGUGAAGCGGGCCCGGACACCUAUGAAGUGGAAGUGUACGCGAUUGCGUUAGGCGGAGUGCCACGAACAACGAGUACUAAGGUAAGCUGAGAUUUUUAAUGUUCUACACCAGAAAAGUAAGUUGAUAGUUUUUUCUUAAUUUUUAUUCCUCAAUUCUCAGCUAAAAAUUAGUAUAUCUGACACCGUAGGACCAUUGGAUGGGAGGGGAGUGCCUAUUUUUGCGGCAAUGAAAAAGAUAAAGUUUCUUUGGAUAACCUGUAGGGUUAAGCAUUUUUUUGUUUUGUUGGGCAUUCCUCUAACUGCAGCUAGUUUUUGUUAGCUUAGGUUGAAGCGGUUGCCCACUAUGGGGCACACGCAGGCUCCUAGCCCAAUGGGAUGCCACGUGGGGAACUUGACCUAAUCUCUCUUAAAACCAGAGUGUACUUUUCAAAACUAACUGCAGCUAACUCAUAUGAGGGGUAACAAGACGCGCGCAAAUGGUAUGCCAUGCGCUCCAUACCAAAGACAAAAAUGCAGUCGCAAGGAAUGUGUCUUGGAUAUACAUUAUUCUCAUUAGCUCGCUAGGGUUAAGUUAUUCAAAGAAAAUUUCUUGUAGGAAAUAUACAUCGUGAAUUAGUAGGAAUUAGGCACUACCUGGUGAAUCAGCGCGUAGCCUAUCGCCAAGCCAAAUGUCUAAGCAGUAAACUACAAAUUUUCAUUCAAACCUUGGUUCAUAAUUAUUGAGUCAUUUGUAUAGACAAUUCUUCCUUAAUUCAACUCGACAACGUAUGUGACACGUUGCGUCUUCAAGCCGGAAUCGGUACUUGCCCAACCAACUCUUUACUAUAUAUAUAUAUAAUUGGCGCGUACACCCUUUUUGGGUGUUUGGCCGAGCUCUUCCUCUUAUUUGUGGUGUGCGUCUUGAUGUUGUUCCAUAAAUGGAGGGACCUACAGUUUCAAGCCGACUCCGAACGGCAGAUAUUUUUAUGAGGAGCUUUUUCAUGGCAGAAAUACACUCGGAGGUUUGCCAUUGAAUGCCGAG